AUGGCUCUUCCGGCAGAAAUCGCGGCGCGUUCAGCGCUGUCGAGAAUAUGCACACGAUGCUCAGUAUCCCUCAAAAGGCGGGGCCAGGCGCCCAAUGGCUUUCUCCAUGCUUCCUGGCAGCAACGGCGUUCGCAGUCCAGAAAGAGCUCCUCGAGGACAAUAACUCAGAUCGAUAAGCUUGCUACCCCCGCUGCUCGGCCGGCCCAGAACCAGAACCCCGUUGUAAGGCGAUUCUCCUCCGGGUUUGCGCAAACCUCAACUACCCCGCCCUCCGAGUCGCAACCGAAGCAAAUCCUGGCGGAAGAUGACCUCUUCCACUCCUUCACAAACUCCCCCAACCCCGCGAUCCGGCAGCGCGCGGCCUUCAUAAGGCAACAUGCAAGCUGCCCCCAUCACGACCAUCAGCCGGGUGGUUCGAUAGCCCCGGCGCAUGUCGACUUCGAGUGCCCCGAUUGUGGAAUUCCGGUAUAUUGUAGUAAGGAGCACUGGGCGGACGAUUACGAGGCGCACCUGUUGAUUUGCGAUACACUGCGCCAAAUCAACGAGGAUGACCACGACCUCCGGUCUGGCCGCUCGUUCCCCGAAUUCGAUUAUGCGGAGCCACAAAUGGAAGAUGCGCUCGUCAACAUGUCCAGCUGGGAUACCUUUUUGUACACGCGGCAGUUCAAUGCCAUCAACGACGACCGGAGCAUGAGGCAAGCGACAAGGUUACUGACGUACCCUAUUACGAUCGGGAGCAUCCUUCACGAGCUUAGCCCCUACAACAUCAAGCCUGGCGGCAGGAUUACGCCCGAGGGUAUCAAGAGUUUCAGUGCUCUCCGGUACACUCUCCACCCGGCAAAGACGGGUGGCGGCAGUGAUAUCAAGGGUCUCCGAAUGCAGGCACCCGCAGUUCGCCUCUUCAUCCUCGGCGCCCGGGCCGAGUCAUCACUCUCCCCGGGAUGUCUGGGUUCAGCUGGCCCAUCUCUUCCCAGCUCUCGAGAAUCCACCUCAUCUUCAUCGGCCCGGAGAGCUAUGCUUAACAGGGACGACGAGUUAUCCGCAGUCCCUCCGCGGACGCCCACAAACCCCUUCGGCGCCAUCGUCGAGGACCGGGUGUGGCCGACCAUGAAGAUCAGCACCAUCGUCGAUUACUACCACACCAUUCACAAAACCGGCCACUUCUACCCUUAUGACCCCUACUUUGACUGCUUUGUCAUGUUCCACCCAGGGUUGGGACACCCCGCUAGUUCGCAUGAGUGGGAGGAGACGCUCCCCAUGCUUUUGGAGACUAAGGCGCCCAUUAUUGUCACCGGCUACACCCAGGCCGACAUGGAGCGUGAUAUCGAUUUUGUCCACAAAACGGCAGCUGGAGAGUUUGAUGUCCUGAUGGAACCUGGCCAGAACAAGUUCUCUAGCCUACGAUGGGAUCUGAAUGAUCUGGACCCCCAGGACAUUAGCGCCGGUAACUGGGGCGUGUGGGCUUUCAGGGGCAAGAGAUACGAGACAACGCACAAGUCUACUGAACAGUAG